AUGUUAGAGUUCCCACAUAAGAAGAUCAAACGCACCAUCGAGCUGCCAGAAGAUGUCAUUGUAGAGCUGCCUGAACAUUUGGUGGAGUACAUCAUAUCAACGUUUUUCCCCAUUUUACAACUCGGUGUUGUGUCCAAAGCUUUUAGGGUCGCAUGGAUUCAAUCCCGAGACCUUGAUUUCAGCAUGAUAUACUCCAAGAGACGUAGUCAAUCAGAGGUUGUGAGUAUCAUUGAUGAUAUUUUCAAUCAACACAAAGGAUCAGAAAUCAACCGAUUUGUUCUAAUGCUCGAUCAUCGUGGCGUAAAGGAUAAGAUACUAUCGUGGGUAAAAACGUGUCAAAGUAAAAACAUUCAAGAGCUAACGUUAGACUUCUCUAAAUCAAAGAAAGUUAUAGAUCUCUCUGUUGAUUUCUCUGCCAUCGAGACACUAACUGUCUUGAAUCUACGGUGGUGUAAGUUCGAAAUACCGAAUAAUACCCUAAAGGGGUUAAGACUCUUGAGGACACUUGCGCUCAUGAAGGCCAAGGUAACACCAGAGAUGAUAGAUGCAAUCUUCAGCAACUGCAUUAACCUCGAGACUCUUGAACUAACCAGAUCCAAAACUCAUGGGAUAUUGAGCAUCAAAGCUCAGAAUCAUAAGAAGUUCAAGAAGCUGGCCCUGUAUUCUAUGCCGAAUCGCUUGCAAAUCAUUAUGGAUGCACCUACUCUUGAAUGCUUCAAGUAUGAAGGGUUUGUUAGGAUUCUUGACUUUUCAAAAGUUGGUGCACUUACAGAGGCAGAACUCCAUUAUAUCCAGGAUUACAGUUGGCGUUAUUACAAUUCGUCUCACAGGGUGCUUGCUAACAUGGAUGCCUACACAGGAGUUCAUGUCCUCUCAACGACAAAUAUCUUUCUCGAGAUUAAGAAGUUCAAAUUUGAACCUGGUAUGCUUUGGCAAAUUCAUCAAAAAUCAGAUAUGGAGUGUAAGAAUUACAAGUUUGACACUAUCAAGGAAGUCACCAUUGAUGGCUUUAAAAACCAUUGGCAUGAGCUUGAUAUAGUGGAGUUCUUUUUCGGGCACGCAAAAUGGUUAAAAAAGUUGGAGUUGAUCAUGCCUAAAAAAUUUAAGAAAAGAUCUCUCGAUUAUGCUAGGUUGUAUUCCGUAAGAAGCAGAUAUCCAUGGGUUAACCUGAAAGUUUAA